AUGUCGAAGCAGCUCCAAACAACCAAGGAGAGGAGAGAGGCGAGCUCUGCCGGUGCAGUCACCAGCAGUAGCAUCGCCAGAACGAGCAAAUUGGAGAUAAUCCAGCUCGACGCUGAGAGGAACGAGGGUUUCGCGGAACAGGAGCUAUUCCGCACUCCGUCAACGCGCGAGGCCGCGCGGAACACCGCGAGGAGAGGCUCGAGAUCUGCUUCGAUCUCGUCGAGGAGCAGCGACACCAGCUGCAAUACGCGAAGGAGUAUCUUCUCGGACUCCAGCGAGGACGACGACUUCGUCGCUCCCACGGGCGAGAGCGCAGGAGGAAAACGCCGGAAGGAGCACCACUCCCCCGGCGGCAAAAUCAAGAGAGGACGCCCCAUCACAUCCGGGGAAUUUAAGGAUCGCGCGAAGGAGAUCGAGCGAUACAACCUCGCGAAGGAGAGACAGCUGGAGCUGCGUCAGCAGCUCGACCUGUUUAACCCGAGCGCCCCGGCACCAGCGCUGCCGGCGAAGUGGCUCCUCAUACAAGAGGAGAAGAUCGAGGAGGCGAAGAACCUCCCGACGGCGGAUCUGCAGGCGCAGCUGACAAGCGCCUGCGAUGGAAUCGUGAAGGUUGUGAGCACCAGCUCCAACCUGAAGGGAACCUACCAGCAGGUACUUCGGAACGCCGCAAUCCUGUUCAGAGCAUUCGCUGGCGAGCUCGGGACGAGGACGGUCGCCACAGCUCCGGCGGCGAAGCUUGAGGAGGAGAACGCCGCCCUGAGAAGGAAGGUGGACGAGUUGGCAGCCAAAGUCGACACACUGACGGAAGCUGUCGCCGUCCAAGGGCGGAAAUCGGAGGGGAGGAGCUGUCAGUCGAAGGGGGUGGACGCGCCAUCCACAACGACUCGCGAGUCUCUGGAGAACGUAACCGCCGCCAUGAACAGCAUGGUGGUGGAGGAACCUCAGCUGGAACAACGGCGGCUGAGGGAUAGAGUCCCGAUGAAGAGGAGAGCCGUCGAGUCGUCGACGGAAAAUAGCGCGGAGGAGGCGAUGCCUCCACCCAGGCCGGCGAAGGUGGUCGCCGCCCCACCCGCCGAACAAGACAGGGAGGAUAGGCUGAUCCGCCUGAUGGCGGAGAUUGUGGAGAGGAAGCUGGACAAUUUCCGGGAGGAGUUAUUCCACGGAAAAACCGUGAGGCCACCCCUGGGUGUGAAACCCACCCAGGAGAAGAAGAAAGCGAAGGCUGGGACGACGAGGGAACGUCCAGAAGCCGCGAAGAAGAGGAGAACGAACGAGGAGAGGAAGAAGGAGGAAACCGCCGACGCCCGCCAGAGCACGCCGGAGAAAAAUCCCGCCCCACCACCGCAGGAGAAUACCUGGGCGAAAGUGGUCGGGAGGAAGGAGGCGAGGGCGUUGAAGGCGGCAGCGAAACAGCCCCAGAAGCAACAACAGCAACCAACAGGAGCGGCACAGCAGCCGAAACCGCGUCUCGCGAGAGCUCCGCGGACGGCCGCAGUCACGAGGAGCGACGGGGAGUAUGGUCCUCGAAGUCACGGGACCGGAAAACGCGGCGAAGGCGGAGGCGCUACGAGCAAAGAUGACGGAGGUGCUCCAGGGGAGCGGCAUAAAAGUCGCCUGCCCAACGAAGAGGGCGGAGAUUAG